UUAAAAUCUAACUGUGAAAGGUGAUAGGUUGUAAUGGAAACGGAAAGUCUGCAGCAGGAGACAGCAAUCUGCAGUGGCUCUUGAUAUUCCAGCCCAGUCCAGCGCAUUGAGUCGGUUUCUUCAGGAUCUCCAUCUUGCGCAGCUCUUACAGGUGAACAAGGUGAUGUCCAUCUUGUUUUAUGUGAUAUUUCUCGCUUAUCUCCGUGGCAUCCAAGGGAACAACAGCAUGGAUCAAAGGAGUUUGCCAGAAGACUCGCUCAAUUCCCUAAUCAUCAAGCUGAUCCAGGCAGACAUUUUGAAGAACAGACUGUCCAAGCAGGCAGUGGACGUUAAGGGGAGCUAUCAGAGCACCCUGCCCAAAGCGGAGGCCCCCCAGGAGCUGGCGCAGGGAGAGCCGGCCAAGUCGGAAUUGCAGCGCAUGAUCCCCAUGGACACGGAGUUGCUACGACAACAGAGACGCUACAGCUCACCCCGCGUCCUGCUGAGUGACACCACGCCCCUCGAGCCCCCUCCCUUGUAUCUCAUGGAGGAUUACGUGGGCAACCCCGCGACAGCCAACAGAACCUCCCGGAGAAAACGGUACGCAGAGCAUAAAAGCCACCGAGGGGAGUACUCGGUGUGUGACAGUGAGAGUCUGUGGGUGACCGACAAGUCGUCAGCCAUUGAUAUCCGGGGACACCAGGUCACGGUUCUAGGGGAGAUCAAGACUGGCAACUCGCCCGUGAAACAAUACUUUUAUGAGACAAGAUGUAAGGAGGCCAGGCCCGUCAAAAACGGGUGCAGGGGCAUUGAUGAUAAACACUGGAACUCCCAGUGCAAGACGUCCCAGACCUACGUGCGGGCACUGACUUCAGAGAAUAGCAAACUGGUGGGCUGGCGGUGGAUACGAAUAGACACCUCCUGUGUGUGUGCCUUGUCGAGAAAAAUCGGAAGAACGUGAACUGGCCUCUCUCCCCAUAUAUAAAUUAUUACUUUAAAUUAUAUGAUAUGCAUGUAGCAUAUAAAUGUUUAUAUUGUUUUUAUAUAUUAUAAGUUGACCUUUAUUUAUUAAACUUCGGCAACCCUACAGUAUAUAAGCUUUUUUCUCAAUAAAACCCGUGUGCUUGCCUUCCUUCGGGCCUCUCCCAUCUGUUACACCUUGUUUUGUGAGCCGGCUCUGGGAGCCACUCUGAAAUCUGUGAACACACAAGUCUGUUGCAUUCAACGUUGUCAAGGCCACGACUGUGCUUAUAGUAAACGUUGCUAAAAUC